AUGGCGUCUUACACAGUAUCAUCAACAAAAUCGUACAUGCAGGCUAUGCAGCCCAUGAUAGAUGCCUUAAAUAGAAUAAAUACUGGAAACAAACAACAAAAGAUCCCAAACAUAGACAAUGAAAAUGCCAAAAUCAGUCCUAUAGAUAAAAUUUUAGAUAAAUUUGCCAAUGUGACCAUAGAUUCAUUAAACCAUAUUGGAAACAAGAAUAUAAAUAAUGAUGUUGUGAUACAUGAAAUUGAAGAUGCGUGUAAUAAUAUUAGUAAACAACGUGGUCUUGAGGAACUGGAGAUUUAUACUUUAGUCAAAUCAUUGCUACUUCAAAGCCCCACCGAUGAAGAACUUCAAUCAUCAUUGUUUGAUAUAUUAGGGUUUGAUGAAUUUGAUCUUAUUUCCAAAAUAAUACAAAACAAGCAAUCAUUCUCCACUAGGGAAUCUCUGGCAUUAAUGUCACCUGAAGAAAGAGCCCAACAAGUUAUCGACAAUCAUCAACGAACCAAAAACCAAUCGUUGUUGCCCAAAUCAACUCAUCAAAAAUAUCCUAAUGUAUUCAAAAACCCUGAUGUUGGGAAUAUAAUUUCCAUAACUGGUAAGAAAUUUUCAUUGCCACAAGGGACUACCAGAGAUUCAUACGCCACUCACGAAGAAUUAGUGAUUCCUUACCCUGAAAACAAACCAAAUAAAUGGAUAUCAGAAAAGAAUUUGGUUAAAAUUUCUGACUUGGAUUUCUUAUGUCAAGGCACAUUUAAAAGCUAUAAAAAUCUUAACAAAAUGCAAAGUUUGGUGUAUCCAGUUGCUUAUAACACCAAUGAGAAUAUGUUAGUGUGUGCCCCUACUGGUGCCGGUAAAACUGAUGUGGCCUUGUUAACAAUAUUGCAUACCAUCAAUCAAUUUGUCACUGAAACUGUUACCGAUGAUGGGAAUGUCUCUGUUGAUAUUGACUACGAUGAGUUUAAAAUUGUUUAUGUUGCUCCAUUAAAGGCGUUAGCAGCAGAAAUUGUGGAAAAAUAUAGCAAAAAACUCAAAUGGUUAGGUAUAAAUGUUCGUGAAUUGACUGGAGAUAUGCAAUUGACAAGACAAGAAAUAAUCAACACACAAAUCAUAGUGACUACUCCAGAAAAAUGGGAUGUGGUGACAAGAAAACUGACGGGUGACUCUGAGUUGGUAGCUAAAGUCAAAUUAUUGAUUAUUGAUGAAGUUCAUUUAUUGCAUGAAGAUAGAGGUUCCGUUAUAGAGACAUUAGUUGCUCGUACUUUGCGACAAGUUGAAAGUACACAACUGAUGAUUAGAGUUGUGGGGUUGUCUGCCACAUUACCAAACUUUAUGGACGUUGCUGAUUUCCUUGGUGUCAAUAGAAAUGUUGGGAUGUUUUAUUUUGAUCAAAGUUUUAGACCUGUCCCCUUGCAGCAACAGAUUUUAGGUGUUCGAGGUAAGGCAGGUUCAAAGUUGGCUAGAGAAAACAUAGACAAAGUAUCAUAUGAAAAACUUGCUGAUUAUAUCAACCAAGGACUUCAAGUGAUGGUAUUUGUGCAUUCUCGGAAGGAUACUGUAAACACAGCUAGAACUUUUAUUCGAAUGGCAGUAGAAUAUGGAGAACUGGAUAUUUUCAACUGUUCUGAAGCAGAUUCAUACGAGAAAUUCAAACGAGAAGCCUCAAAUAAAAAUAGAAGCAAAGAAUUAAAAGAAUUGUUUGUUCAUGGGUUUGGUGUCCAUCAUGCUGGUAUGUUGCGUAGCGACCGUAAUUUGACAGAAAAAAUGUUUGAAAGUGGGGCAAUUAAAGUAUUGUGUUGUACAGCCACACUUGCCUGGGGGGUUAAUUUACCAGCAGCAGUUGUUAUUGUCAAGGGAACGCAAGUUUAUGACUCAAAAGCUGGUGGGUUUGUUGAUUUGGGAAUUUCUGAUGUGAUACAAAUAUUUGGUCGUGCCGGUAGACCGCAAUAUGAAAAGUAUGGUACUGGUAUUUUGUGUACUACAAGUGAUAAGCUCGAUCAUUACGUUUCGUUACUUACUCAACAACACCCAAUUGAAUCUAAAUUUGGAGACAAACUCAUUGAUAAUUUAAAUGCGGAGAUUUCAUUGGGUACCGUGACAAAUGUCGAAGAAGCUGUACAAUGGCUUGGGUAUACAUAUAUGAUGGUUCGAAUGAAACAAAAUCCAUUUGCCUAUGGAAUUGAUUGGAAGGAGUUACAAGAAGAUCCCACAUUGACAAACAGACGAAGAGAGAUGGUGUUCACUUGUGCCAAAAGACUUCACCAUUUACAAAUGAUUAUAUUUGAUGAAAACUCUGAGGCUUUCACCCCCAAGGAUUUGGGGAGAAUUGCAUCUGAUUUUUAUUUACUCAGCAACUCCGUCGAAAUAUUCAAUCAAAUGAUGAACCCCUUAGCAACUGAAGCAGAUAUAUUAUCAAUGAUAAGUAUGAGUAGUGAAUUUGACAGCAUAAAAUUCAGAGAAGAAGAAUCUAAGGAAUUGAAGCAAUUGGUUGAAGAAGAUGCACCAUGUCAAGUUGCAGGAGAUAUUGACUCACCUCAAGGCAAAACAAAUAUUUUGCUUCAGGCAUUUGUGUCACAAGCUCACAUCAAGGAUUCAGCAUUAAUAUCAGACUCCAACUAUGUAGCCCAAAAUUCAGCAAGAAUAUGCCGGUCCUUAUUUUUAAUCGCUAUGAAUAGACGAUGGGGUAAAUUGAUGAAAAUAAUGUUAUCAUUGUGCAAAUCUAUUGACAAAAGAAUAUGGGCAUUUGAACAUCCAAUGACUCAAUUUGAAUUACCACAACCGGUGUUGCGCAAUAUAAAGGCCAAAAAUCCAUCUAUGCUUACCCUUAGAGAUAUGGAAGCAGGUGAACUAGGAGAUUUGGUGCAUAAUUUCAAAAUGGGGAGUAUUUUGUACAAGCUUAUUGGGAAGUUUCCUUUUAUUGAUAUUGAAUCGGAAAUAUUCCCCAUUACAACUAAUGUGAUGCGAGUACAUGUUGAUUUGCAACCUGACUUUGUUUGGGAUGAGAAAUACCAUGGCAAUGCCCAAUUUUUUUGGUUAACGGUCGAAGAGUCAGAUCGCUCUGAAAUUUUGCAUGUUGAGAAAUUCAUUUUACACAAGAAGCAACUACAUAGUCCACAUGAGAUGGAUUUUAUGAUUCCCUUAUCGGAUCCAUUACCAACACAAGUCGUGGUUCGAGUGGUAUCGGACCUGUGGAUUGGCUCUGAAACAGUACAUGCAGUCUCAUUCCAACAUUUGAUAAGACCAUCAAAUGAAACCAUUAAAACUGAUUUGUUACGUUUGCAACCACUACCUGUCACAGCAUUGCAUAAUCCAGACGUGGAAAAAAUAUAUUCAUCCAAGUUCAAAUAUUUCAACCCAAUGCAAACAAUGGUUUUCCAUUCCUUAUACAACACCAACUCAAGUGUGUUUGUUGGAUCCCCCACGGGGUCAGGUAAAACAGUGGUUGCAGAAUUAGCAAUUUGGCAUGCUUUCAAUGAGUUUCCCCUGUCAAAAGUGGUUUAUAUUGCUCCUAUGAAGGCAUUGGUGCGCGAGAGAGUGGAUGAUUGGAGGGAACGUAUAUGCAAAAACACAAGUCAUAGAUUAGUAGAAUUGACAGGUGAUUCACUUCCAACAAUUCAAGAAGUCAAAGAAGCAGAUAUAAUUAUUACUACACCAGAAAAGUUUGAUGGUAUUUCUCGUAACUGGCAAACAAGAAAGUUUGUGCAACAAGUAUCACUAGUAAUUAUGGACGAAAUUCAUUUGUUGGCAAGUGAUCGUGGACCUAUUUUAGAAAUGAUUGUUAGUCGUAUGAAUUACAUUUCAUCACAAACUAAAAAACCAAUCAGAUUGUUGGGUAUGUCAACAGCAGUUUCAAAUGCAUUUGAUAUGGCCGGUUGGUUAGGUGUGAAGAAUGGUCUUUUCAAUUUCCCACAAUCGGUUCGUCCUGUACCGUUGCAAAUGUACAUUGAUGGGUUUCCUGAAAACCUUGCGUUUUGUCCAUUGAUGAAGACGAUGAAUAAACCAGCAUUUAUGGCCAUCAAGCAACAUUCUCCUAAUAAGCCAGUGUUGAUAUUCGUAGCUUCACGUCGUCAAACGAGACUUACGGCGUUAGAUCUCAUACAUUUAUGUGGGAUGGAAAACAAUCCUCGAAGAUUUUUGAAAAUUUCUGACGAUGAAUUGCAAGAUAUUUUAGAAAAUGUUAAAGAUGAUACCUUGCGAUUGUCUCUUCAGUUUGGUAUGGGAUUGCAUCAUGCUGGGUUGGUUGAAUCUGACCGUCAGAUAUCCCAUAAAUUGUUUGAACAGGGGAAAAUCCAGAUAUUGAUUGCCACUUCUACUUUAGCUUGGGGUGUCAACUUACCAGCUCAUUUAGUUAUCAUCAAGGGAACGCAAUUCUUUGAUGCUAAAAUAGAAGCAUACAGGGAUAUGGAUUUAACCGACAUUUUACAAAUGAUGGGGAGAGCAGGUCGUCCAGCUUAUGACACUAGUGGUAUUGCCAUAGUCUAUACAAAGGAAUCGAAGAAAGUAUUUUAUAAACAUUUUUUGAAUUUGGGAUUUCCUGUUGAAUCUUCCUUACACAAGGUGUUAGAUAACCAUAUUGGUGCAGAAAUCUCUGCUGGUACAAUUACUACAAGACAAGAAGCAAUGGAUUUCUUAACUUGGACAUUUCUUUAUAGAAGGGCCCAUAACAACCCCACUUAUUAUGGGAUUGAAGACAUUUCUCAAUAUGGUAUUUCACAAUAUUUGGCAAAAUUGAUUGAUCUGACUAUUGAGAAUUUAGUGGAAUCAAAAUGUGUUUAUACUGGUGGAUCAGAUGAGUUACAUGCCACGCCAUUCUUGGAAAUAUCAUCGUAUUAUUAUUUGUCGCAUUUAACCAUAAGAAACUUUGUUAAUACUGUUACUCCUGAUUUUGAAUUUAGAGACUGUUUACGAGUUCUUUGUCAAGCAGCGGAAUAUAAUGAAUUAGCAACGAGACAUGGAGAGGAGUUGAUUAAUAUGGAAAUGUCCCAAUCAAUGAGAUACCCUGCAGAAGAUUUGAAUUGUGAGUUUAUAUGGGACCCACAUGUGAAGGCCUAUUUGUUAAUCCAAGCAUUUAUGAGUCGUGUUGAAUUGCCAAUUGCCGAUUAUGCUCAAGAUACGAUUUCGGUAUUGGAUCAAGCCUUGCGUAUUUUACAAGCCUAUAUUGAUGCGGCAGCCGAGUUGGGUUAUUUCAAGGUGGUUAUGUCGUUUAUUCAAUUGAUGCAGUGUAUUAAACAAAGGUACUGGUACGAUGAUGAUCCGGUUUCAGCAUUACCUGGAUUGAAAUUGGUUAAUGAAGGUAAAACAAAGCAUACAUUGAAGUAUUUAGGUUCAAUGAAAACAGGACAGUUAUUUGGAUUAGCAAAGAAAUUAGGUGUUAGUGGAGAGAAUAUUGAGAACCAAGGAAAUGAUUAUCAUGAGGUAAAUGAUGAGGAGGCAAAAAAAAAGUUUGUUAAAAUUGCAUCACAUUUGCCUACUGGGAAUUUGGAAAUUAAACAACAAGAGCAAAAUUUGAUAAAAGUUGUAUUAAUUCAUGAUAAUUAUCCAUUGAACAACGACUUUAAAGUGUAUUGUCCACAUUUCCCUAAACCACAAAGAGAAUCAUGGUUUAUUAUUUUGCAUGACGAGAAAGAAUUACAUUUGCUAAAGAGAGCUUCACCUAGGUUGUCAAACAAGAAAGGAAUUAUAGUAUGUGAUCUUGAUAUUCCUGAUGAUUUGUUUGGAAAAGAACUUUAUCUUGAAUGUGUGAAUGAUGGGUUAGAUAUUGCUUAUUCGGAAAAGAUUUCUCUUCUUUGA